AUGGACUCGUGGACUCACAAGAAGAAGAGUCCACGAAGAAGAAGCAAGGCCCAGAUCUACAAACCAGUCCUGUCUUCAGUGUCAGCAGCGGAACCACAGACCGAGGCCCAGUUCAUCAAACCAACUGCUGCUGAGCAGAGUGAGGAAGAGUGUGAGCAGAGUGAGGAAGAGUGUGAGCAGAGUGAGGAAGAGUGUGAGCAGAGUGAGGAAGAGUGUGAGCAGAGUGAGGAAGAGCGUGAGCAGAGUGAGGAAGAGUGUGAGCAGAGUGAGGAAGAGCGUGAGCAGAGUGAGGAAGAGCGUGAGCAGAGUGAGGAAGAGCGUGAGCAGAGUGAGGAAGAGCGUGAGCAGAGUGAGGAAGAGCGUGAGCAGAGUGAGGAAGAGUGUGAGCAGAGUGAGGAAGAGCGUGAGCAGAGUGAGGAAGAGUGUGAGCAGAGUGAGGAAGAGUGUGAGCAGAGUGAGGAAGAGCGUGAGCAGAAUGAGGAAGAGCAUGAGCAGAGUGAGGAAGAGCGUGAGCAGAGUGAGGAAGAGCGUGAGCAGAGUGAGGAAGAGCGUGAGCAGAAUGAGGAAGAGCGUGAGCAGAGUGAGGAAGAGCGUGAGCAGAGUGAGGAAGAGCGUGAGCAGAGUGAGGAAGAGUGUGAGCAGAGUGAGGAAGAGCGUGAGCAGAGUGAGGAAGAGCGUGAGCAGAGUGAGGAAGAGCGUGAGCAGAGUGAGGAAGAGCGUGAGCAGAGUGAGGAAGAGCGUGAGCAGAGUGAGGAAGAGCGUGAGCAGAGUGAGGAAGAGCGUGAGCAGAGUGAGGAAGAGUGUGAGCAGAGUGAGGAAGAGCGUGAGCAGAGUGAGGAAGAGCGUGAGCAGAGUGAGGAAGAGCGUGAGCAGAGUGAGGAAGAGCGUGAGCAGAGUGAGGAAGAGCGUGAGCAGAGUGAGGAAGAGUGUGAGCAGAGUGAGGAAGAGUGUGAGCAGAGUGAGGAAGAGUGUGAGCAGAGUGAGGAAGAGUGA